GGGUUUGCAAGCGGGGGCCGGUGGUGGUUUGUGUAACCCCGGGACAGCCGAGCGCUGGGACGAUGAGGAAUGCCGGGCGAUAUGCAGUCAGUAAGGGAGCUGUACAGGCUCCUGGGCUUUCCCAGUGAUAACUUUGAGAAGCUGGAGGAAAAUGCCAUGGAAUGUGGUGAAGGGAUGAAUGGAGAAGGGAAUCCAAUCAAACUCUCCUCCAUUCAGGACAAUGGAAUCAAGUUGGACAAACACAUAACAGACCAGGAAAGAGCAAAGAAAAAGGCAGAAAGGCGAAGAGCCAAAAAAAAGCGUCAGAAAGAGAGAAGAAAGCAGGAGAAAGGAAGAAGCAAUGAGGAGAACAAACUGGAAAAGGAAGACAGCGAUAGUAAUGAGGAGAUUGAAACAAUUAUUAAAAUACAGAACAUUCCGGGAGGAGGAGUGGAGAGCUCUGAACCUCUAGGCGUCUUUGAGAAUGGGGAUUCCUGCACUCUACCAGGCCCAGUGAUGAUGGACGAGGAACCUGAAUGGGAUAUCAGCAGUGCUUUCGUUGCCAAUGCUGCCAGUCAUAUUAGACCCAAGAGCAAAGGCAAAUCUGACAAAAAAUCGAAGGAAAACAAAGAGAAUGAGACCAAAAGCCAUGAGCUCAGUGAUUUGGAUCCAUUAAUAUUGAAAAGCAGGCAACUGGCUGAGCAAGGGAUUGACCUGGUCAAACAAGGCUACUACUCUGAGGCUGUGGAACUCUUUACAGAGGCUGUCCAGUUUGAUCCCAAGGAUCACAGGUAUUUUGGAAAUCGAUCCUAUUGCUAUGACAGACUUCGCAAGUACAAUCUCGCACUAGAAGAUGCUGAAACCUCCAUCAGACUCGCUGCUGACUGGCCGAAAGGUUAUUUCCGAAAGGGAAGAGCACUCGUUGGAAUAAAGAGGUACGCUGAGGCAGAAUCUGCGUUCGAACUGGUCUUGCAGCUCGAUAAAGACUGUGAUGAUGCUGUUAAGGAACUGUUCAAAGUUCGCAUGUUUAGACUGAUGAACAUGGGUUUCACUCAGCAACAAAGCUUAAUGGCCCUCCAGCAGUAUCAAACUGUCGAGGCUGCUCUAGACUCUCAUUUAGAGUUGAAUUUUCAACGGCCAGAUUCUGGGACCUUGGAGAUACCUGAGGAAGAGGACUGUUUAUAUUUGAUCGAUUGUCCUGUAAAUGGGGAUCAAACUGAGUUAACUUGUGCGUCAUUGUGGGUUGGAAACGUCACUGUUCACGUCAAAGAGAAGCAGCUGAAGGAUCUGUUCAGAAAUUAUGGGGAGAUCGAAAGUAUCCGGGUGCUACACGAGCGUUUCUGUGCAUUUGUCAACUUUAAGUGCCAUGCAGCAGCUGCUAAAGCGUUGGAGGCAUUGCAGGGCAAGGAGAUCGAGAACACAAAGCUGCUAAUUAAAUACCCUGACAGACAUCUGAAUAAACGAAGUUCUCCAUUGCAGAAACCCUCUACCCCAGUGCGAGUGUCACCUCAACCCAUCAGUGGGACAACAGCAUGUGGGUCAAAACGUCGAGGCCCGGUUGACGGCGAUGAAUGCUACUUUUGGCGUACGACUGGCUGCCAUUUUGGAGACAAGUGCCGCUACAAACACAUCUCUGAGCACAGAGGAGUUGACAAGAAACCCUGGCAGCACUGAAGGAGGCCCCAGUCUGCUCAGAGACCAAAUAAAAAAACAAGUAUUACGGAUGCACUAACUUCAACAGAACCUUCCAUAUCUCAGGCUGAUCUGGUGUCAUCAGCAUAUCAUUACAUCCAACAGUUUCUCGAUGGGAAGUGGAAUUUGGAUAUUUGCACUCCAUAUCAGGCCUAUUUGAUUAAGUACGAGUACUGAGGAAAGAUCAAUGUUUAGACACUCCAGUUUUGGGGGCAUUUUUCAAAAUUGCCACCAAUUUAAAACUCUUUGCCUAAAUUUGUACGGUAUCUGACACGCACACACACUCUCAGACACGUGCGCACACACACUCACGCACACUCACAGACACACACAGGCACACACACAGCCACAUUUCUAUACACACACACACAGACACUCCACACACACACACACACACUCCACACACAGGCACACACAGACACAUACACACACAUACACACACACAGACACACCACAUGCCACACACAGGCACACAUACACACACACACAGACACACACACGCACACACCACAUGCCACACACAUACAUGCGCACAUAUACACACAGACACAUCACACGCCACACACCUGACACACCACACCCAGACACACACACAUUUGAGGACCAGCUCCGAGAAUCUCCUCCUCUUUCCUGCUUUUGUAAUCUGUUGGCUUCAUCUCUUUUUGAAGACACAAACUGAUUUGCUGAAGUAUCUUGUGGGCCUCACACUUUCCCUGGCUCCUGAGUUGGAAUCUAAAACCUAUAGGAAGAGGCCAGUUAUCCCUGAGCUGAGCCUCUUUGCAUGAAUCCCUGAGAUUGUGGCUGAUUUGCGAUUUACUCAAUCUACCUAUCCACGCCAGUUUCCCUUCAUAACUUGGACUAACAAAAAAAAGCUUUAAAUCCCAGAUUGAAAUUUUACAAUCAGUAUAGCACAAUUUACUUUUUGCAAAAAAGAAUUCCAGCCAUCUACCACUCUGCCAGACUUCCGGAAAGGUCUGGUUCUCAAUUUGAAUGACUCCCCCCUCCUUCUGGACUCUCCGAUCAGCAGAAAUAGUUUUCUAUAUCCACCCUCUUGCUUUCCUUGAACAGCUCGAAAAAUCUGAGCAAAUCGCCCCUUAAUCUAUUCAAUUCCAGGGAGAACAGAUUCACCCAGAAUCACCAUUGGAGUGCAACUUACCCGUCCCCAUAGGUAGCGAGAUGUUUGUGGAGGAGAGCAGUAGAGGUUGUCUUUCUCCUCUGUUCCCACCACCUCCGCGCUUGUCAAGAUGAUCCAUCGGGAACUCUCUUGACUCGCCAGCAAUUAAGGCCCUUAAUUGGCCAAUUAACUGCCAAUCAGGAGCUCACCUCACCAUCAACCCAUUAUCCUCCUUCCCAUCAGAUGGCAACAGUGGCUGGAUUAUCCUGGGGAAACCUGGUCUCCAAUUUACCCAAAUCUGGGGCUAAUCUAAGGCAGGAAUGGGGAUAGGGGGCUAGUCACCAGGUUCCCAGUCCUUGCCUCCAUCUGCCCUGUUCCUCGUCUCCUGAUUGGGUCCCCUGGAGACUAGCCUUCCAUAAUGAUCUCUCAAACCUAGAAACUACCUCUGGUUGAGAAACGACUACUUCAUUGAUUUGAGUUUGAUCCAGUUGGUGAAGUUAGUCAUCAUUCAUCACAUCUGUCACCCAUUCUUGGGCAUUGGAGAAUUAAAUAUAGGGUGUCAGAUGCCAGUAUCAUUCUAGUAAAUCUGUGGUGCUCAACACUAAGGAUCCUUCCUAACUGUGGUUCCUAGAAUGGGACACAGCAACUCCAGGUAUAGAGUGUGUGCCCCCUUCCUUCAAUUGAGGAGAUUUGAGGCAGUGAGCUGGAACAUUCUGGAAAAGUUUUUCCAGACCAGCACUGAUAUAUGAACACAGUUAGAUAGAUAAUGUACAUGAAGCAAGGUUGAAUCUCUCUUACUGAUGUAAUGAGGUCUCUCAAGAUGGUCUGACACUGUAUUACAUGUCUUUUUACUUUCCUUUUGCUUUCUAUCUAUUCAUCUGUGCAACAUGGGCAUCUCUUAGCUAGGUCAGCAUUUCCUGUCCAUCCCCAUUUGCCCAGAGGGCAGUUAAGGGUCAGCCACAUUGCUGUGAGUCUGGAGUCACAUGUAGGCCUUGAUCAGGCAAAGUCAGCAAGUUUUGUUUCCGAUAGGAUGUUAGUGAACUAGAUGGGUUUUUAUGACAAUCACUUUUGGUCAGCAUAGUCAUCACUGAGGCCACUUCUGUAUCCUAGAUUUUAUUGAAUUUAAAUGUCAUUGUCUGAUAUGGUGGGAUUUGAACUCUUGGCUCUAGAACAUAGAACAAUACAGUGCAGAACAGGUCCUUCGGCCCUCGAUGUUGCACCAUUGGGAAAAUAUGCUGGGAUUCUGGGUGGGUCAGGAAGAGCAGGGUUAUUGUUUCAGAUCAGUGAACUUUUAUUGGAACCCAUGUAUCCUUUGAAAGGCCUAAGGCUAUCAUACCACUAUUCCUGUACAGUUCCUUGAGCAGGAGAUGACAUAAAUUGACAUUCUCAGCUCGUCCCCCUACACUAUCCCAAAAUCAUCCAUAUGCUUAUCUAAGGAUUGUUUAAAUCUCCCUAAUGUGGCUGAGUUGACUACAUUAGCAGGUAGGGCAUUCCACACCCUUACCACUCUCUGCGUAAAGAACCUGCCGCUGACAUCUGUCUUAAAUCUAUCACCCCUCAAUUUGUAGUUAUGCCACCUCGUACAAGCUGAUAUCAUCAUUCUGGGAAAAAGUCUUUCACUGUCUCCCUUUCUAAUUCUCUGAUCAUCUUGUAUGUCUCUACCAAAUCCCCCCUUAGCCUUCUUUUUUCCAAUGAGAACAGACCCAAGUCUCUCGGCCUUUCCUCAUAAGACCUUCCCUCCAGACCACACAACAUCCCGGUAAAUCUCCUCUGCACCUUUUCCAAUGCUUCCACACCCUUCCUGUAAUGGGCGACCAGAACUGAACACAAUAUUCUAAGUGUGGCCGCAUCAUUGGCCAGGGAUUUGGGAUGGCCAGCCCAGUGACAAUCUCACUAGUCUUGUGACAUUGCCACUAUGCCACCAACUCCCCCCCACUGUAAAAUAUACACCUCCCGUCUCCCGGAUGGCAGUGAAUGUCUGGAAUUCUCUAAGCCAAAAAGUUGUGGAGGCUGGUACUAAAAAAUACUUAAGGAGGAGGACUAUAGAUUCGUGAAAUAUCAUGAAAUUGAAGGCUACGAGGAGCUGCAAUGAGGUCUGGAGCAGGUCCACCCUGAUCUUUGAGGGGCUGAAUGGCCUCUUCCAUCUCUUUCUUAGUCCUGUUUUCUAACUGGCCGGACCUUCCCACCCUUUGGUUCAAGAAUCCAGUCGAGACCUGUAGCUUUGAUCAAGUCUCAGAUAAAACAAAACAAGGCCUUGCAGAUGAUGGAGAUCUUGGGAAAAUGUACUGGGACUCUGGGUGGGUCAGGCCACAGCUACAGAGAAGGAGGGAAGAGCAGGGUUAUUGUUUCAGAUUAGUGAACUUUUGUUGGAACCCAUGUAUCCUUUGGAAGACCUGAGGCCCUCGUAUCACCAUUCCUGUACAAUGAUCUCCUCCAACAGGAGUUGACAUGAAUUGGAAUGUGGUGAGGGAAGAAAGAGUGCUUUAUGUUCUUCCAGCUCCUGGUCUCCAACAGUAAGUUGUCCACAUUUCAAUCUACAUUCAUUUUUGUCAAUGAAGCAGAGGCUUAGUGUGAUUUAAGUUUUAAUGGGGGGGUUGGCUGUAAAAUAAGAUGAAGAUUUUGUGCAGGAGUAUCUAUUAAUUUAUUAUAGGUUUGACCAUUGGCAACUAAAUGAAAAGUGACAAUUUGAUUGGUUCAGACAUGGUGUAAGUAUUGAUGAGUCUGUGGUGAUCACUGGACAUUGGGACCAUUCACCUGUUGCCUGAUUCAGUGACCAGUCAGCAUAUUCAUUUUCCAGCGUUAUGUUAUCUUUCUUUCUGAGGUGGUCAGCGUGACUGACAAGGAUGGGUUCAUGCAAAGGUUGGAGACGUAAUGCAAUUCUGCAAAAAAGUGUUCCACCAGCAAUGAACUCACAAAUAAUGAAUAAGCUUUUUAUUUCCAAACCUCCUUCAGAAAAUGUGUGCAAUAUUUUUUUUUCCCCUUUUUUGUAUUCCCUCCCCGACCCACCCUUCCUGUUCCCACAGGUCUGUUACUUCAGACUCUGUGCUCCAUCUUAUAGUGUAACCCUUAUGUUGUUUCUGUCCUAUUGUAAUGCAACUUGAAUUAUGAAUUUUGAAACUAGGUGCUUUCUAUUUUGUUAAAUUAUCUUCUCCUCUUGUUUCCCAUCUGCUUAGAAUAUCUAGUCUGGUGAAAUUACUGACGUAACCUUCUCAAUUUGAAUGAAAGAAAGUCUCACAUUAAUAUUUCGUUUUUAAUCGUUCAUUGGAUGUGGGUAUCAUUGGCCAGGCAGCAUUCAUUGCCCAUCUCUAAUCGCCAGAGGGCAUUUAAGAGUCAGUGACAUUGUGGUCUGGAGUCACGUGGAUGAGUCAGCUGCUUCCUUCUCUAAAGGGCAUUAGUGAACCAGAUGGAAUCUUCAUGAUUUCAUGAUCAUCCUUAUUUUCAUUGAAUUCAAAUUCCACUAUUUAAUCAGCGGGAUUUGAACACACGUCCACAGUCUCUGGUUUAGUCAUAAAAUCACAAUGCUGUUGGCUCCUCCUGACCAUCGACAUUAACAAUUUGGAUGAAGGAAUUGAAGGCCAUAUCACCAAAUUUGCAGAUGGCACUGAGCUGGGUGGCAGUGUGUGCUGGGAGGAGGAUGCUAAGAGGCUGCAGAGUGACUUGGACAGACUGGCUGAGUGGGCAGAUACUUGGCAAGUACAAUGUGGAUAAAUGUGAGAUUAUGUACUUUGAUCACAAAAGCGGGAAGGCAGGUUAUUUUCUGAAUGGUGGCAGUUUUGGAGAAGGUGAGGUGCAAUGAGAGUUGAGUGUCAUGGUGGAACAGUCGCUGAAGGUUGGCAUGCAGAGAGGAAAGCUAAUGGCAUAUUGGCCUUCAUAGUGAGAGGAUUUGAGUAUCGGAGUAAGGACGUCAUGCUGCAGUUAUACAGGGCCUUGGUGAGACCAUACCUUGAGCAGUAUGUGCAGUUUUGGUCUCUUAGUCUGAGAAAGGCCAUUCUUAUUGUUGAGGGAGUCCAGCAAAGGUUCACCAGACUGAUUCCCGGGAUGGCUGGACCAACAUGUGAGGAAAGACUAGACCGUCUGGGCUUGUACUCACUGGAAUUUAGAAGAAUGAGGGGGGCCCGUAGAAAAUCCUGAUGGGACUGGAUGGGCUGGAGGUGGGAAGAAUGUUCCUGAUGUUCAGAAAGUUCAGAACAAGGGGUCACAGUCCACGAAUAAGGGGUAAACCAUUCAAGGCUGAGAUGAGGAAGAAUUUCUUCACUCAGACUUGGGAACCUGUGGAAUUCUUCCCCACAGGAAGCUGUUGGGGCCAGUUUGUUAGACAUAUUCAAAAGGGAGCUGGACAUGGCCCUUAUGACCAAAGGCAUCAAGGGGUAUGGAGAGAAAGCGGGAAUGGGAUACUGAGAUUGCAUGAUCAGUCAUAAUCAUACUGAAUGAUGGUGCAGGCUCAAAGGGCCGAAUGACCUACUCCUGCUCCUAUUUUCUGUGUAUCUACCUCACAGUGCUUUCCAGCCAAUGAAGCCCUUCUGAAGAUAUAGGCUGCUCUGAGUGUCUUAACUUGUGUCUUCACUGAAGGGGAGUCAACUAUGCUGUAACAUUGGCAAAAUGUUCAACAGAAAAAUGACACUGUAAUGAAUAUAGUCAGUGUUGGAGUGAGGUACAGAUUGUGAGGAGUGUCCUUAUGUACAUGAAAGGCAGGAAAGAAAGCCUCUGAAAGGAUUCAAGACACAUUCUUAGUCUAAGCAGGAUCCAAGACACUUUCCAUUAGUUGCUGUAGCCUAAUAUAGCCUAAUCCCCAGUGCAACAUGUGCUGCGAAAGAAUGAAGGGUGUGGAAAUAAUGUGUUGAGUGAUUGGUAUCUAUCCACCACACUAUGAAAGGACAUGGGAAUCACGUCUAGGGGUGAAAUAUACAGUGAGUAUUUGCUUGAAGGAAUGUCCUGGAAAGCUGGGCAGGAAUUCCUUUUGGCUGCUAACUUUCUGAAUGGAUGGAUGGAAGAGCCUCCAGUGAGUUGCUUGCAUUUAUUUCCAACUGUUCAGUGUGGUGAAGGAUUAAGACAAUCUGUUGCCUUUGGAAUGGCGAUGAGCAGAGGAAGGGCAUUUGUUUGUUUCCCUGGAUUUCCAGAUGUUCUGCCAUUACCUGGAUGUUUAUUCAGGCACCAGGAAGACGGAUCACAGCUUUCCCAUUCACAGCUGGGUGUUUCCGAAUAUAUACUGCACAUUGACAUUGCGUGGAACUAAGCCAACAAUAAAGUCCAGUUUCUGCUGUCUGUCACAAUGAAAUAGAUCAGUGCAUGUACCUAGAUUGUUUAAAGUGCUGGAAAUUAAAAUUUUCCCAUUAUCAAAUUCCUUGGUCCAAAAUCUUAUGGGUGCAAAAUCUAACAGACAUAUUGCCCAAAUGAUAAAACCACUGUAAAAUUGAAACUGACAGAAUUGCUGGAGAUCAGAAACAAAAACAGAAAUUGUUGGAAAAGCUCAGCAGGUCUGGCAGCAUCUGUGGAGAGAAAGCAGAGUGAACAUUUCAGGUCUAGAAUUUUCUAAUUUCUCUUCACAGAUACUGCCAGACCUGCUGAGCUUUUGCAGUAUUUUCUGUUUUCGCCCCUGUGCAGUUGCUUUCUUUUUUAACUGGAAACUAGUUUUCUGUCUUACAGACCUCUGCAGCAAACUGACAUCGGGUUUAGCAAUUGUCAUUGUUUCUUUCAAUUUUGGACCCAUUGAAUCCUAGUUUGCAAUCAUUGUUUUCUGGUCAGACCCCAAUAAAAUGAAGGAUGAUCUCAUGUACCAACUGGAUGGUGAGUUCACACCUGCUAAAUAAGAGUCCGCCAUGAUGCCAAUCUUAAGCAUUCGAAAAAACAUGUUUUAUCAUUCUCGAUGACCAAGAUUUGGCUGUUUUGCUCUGGAGAGAUUUAACCAUUUCUAGUCUUGUAUCGUAUGUUGAGGUUCUAAGCUGAAGGUCGAGAAAAUUGCGAUGCCAAAUAUUUAUUAGAGUUACUGACUUGCUCUUUUUAAAAAAAUAUAUAUAGAAGUAUAUAUACUCUUAACUAUGCACAGCUGCCAAGCAGUAAAGAUUUGCAAUAUGUAAAUAGCCCUCAGAAUGAUAUUUCUGAUCUUUGAGAAGGUUUUUUUGACCUGUGGGAAAAUUUUGUAAGUGUAAACUGCAGUGUUACUUUGUACUGUCUUGCAGUUCUUGAACAUUGACUACUAAUUUCACCAAAUAGAGACAUCUGGACUUUAGUCCUCUUGCACCAACUUGUUUUAUGAACUGUACCCUCUCAAAUUGCCCGUUUUUCACAAAAUGAUAAUAAA